AUGUCAAGGGAAACCUUGUGCGCUCAACAAGGACUCCUCGGUCUAAACGAAGAUGUUCUGCUCGAGAUCGUGUCGCACCUCGAUGCGGCAAGUGCCCACAAGCUAUCUGCCACAGCUCGAAGCAUACAUCCCCUCGCGCGAAGGCAGGCUCUAUCGACUGUCACAAUCGACGAUGUACACGGUGACCUAAACUAUCAAAAGAUCACGGGGAUGUGUACGUACAUGCUCCAUGACAUACCUGGACGUCUACACUGCGUCAAGUCGCUGAAGAUUCGCGUUGGCCUCCCCAAAGAACACUACAUUUCUUGGAUGUAUCAAUUCGGUGAGACCUUCGUGACAGCUGGGCAGAAACUGGCACAAUUCCUCGAGAACGCUAUUCAGCUGCAGUCACUCGAAGUGUAUCUCUUUGACGAAAUCAUUGCUCUGGAGCCCCGCAUAGCGUCAGCUAUCCACGCCCUGCCUAACUUCCGCCGCCUGGACAUCACGGUCCUCGGCAUAAGCACAUGCGUCCAGGAGUUUCUCUUGACCAUGCGCCACGACUUGCAGAAGCUGCGAAUAAUCGAUUUGACGAGUGGCCUAUCAGAGCAUCAGGUGCUUCCUAAUCUCAUAAACAUGAAGAUAACCGACCUUGAGCUUCCACUUUCGAAAGAGCUCGACCCUGAUCAUUCGUCGAACAAUGGAUAUCAGCACUCGUUCCCCGAUAUGCGCAAGCUAUCCCUGCCGCUUCUUUAUACCGGUAUAUCAAUGUAUACUCUGUGGCGAGCCUUUCCAAACCUUCGCGCGCUGCGAAUCCAUGAUUGCGUUCGCUUCAAUUCAGCAGAGAAUGCAUGCUGGAAAAGCCUGGACUACGUUGAAGGACCUGUGGAACUCUUCGAGCAAUGGUCGCCAACUUGCCAUGUUCCACAUGUCUCGAUUAGCAGCAUACUUGCCAGACCUCAUUUCGACAUCUCGCCUUCAGGCAUAUAUGGGCUCAAAACCGCUCUCCGUUUAUUCAAGCAGACGUCCCCUCUGGCGCUCUCAUUCUCGAUAAUGGCUGAUCCUGGCCUGGCCGAAUCCUUUUGGAUGCCGCUGGUUGAAUGCGCGCCGCGGCUGCGUAGUCUUGAAGUUAAACUUCAUCCCUUUUCGGAAGGAGACAUGACGCCGGGCCUUUUCGCAUGCAUAAGGGUUAUUUCGGCUGCUCUUGGCCGUAUGCCAACCGUGAUUCACCUGCGGCUCUUGGUAAUGUAUCCAAGGAGGAGGAUUUCGGCUCAGAUCGACCAACGAGAGGAAUUAGCAUUGCAGCUCCUCGAAGAAGCCCCGUCCAUCCGCUAUGUCUCGGUGUCACUUGCUGGCGGCCUUAGCUAUCUUACUCCUGUCGUCAAAUCUGCUGCAUGGAAGGUCGUAGGUGCUCGGACGUGCCGCAAGCUCGAACAUAUCACUGAGUCUUUCGAGGAAGACGUCCGAAGUCGUAUCAUCGCGCCUGACUUCGACCCGAGGAGCAAUCUCUGA